AUGUUCACCAGGAUGUUAAAACUGAGGCUCCUCAAUGCUGUAGCACCUGCCUACUUCUUCGUGGCUACAGCAGUCACCUUCAUUUUGCACUUCGCUUUCUUCAUCCCAACAAUCUUCCCAAACACGGAUGCGUCACUGAGGGGGUCUACAACUCUUCACACAGUUGUUUUCCUUUUCUUGAUGUUCAACGCACUGGGAAAUUACAUAAUGACUAUUAAAUAUCCUGCUGAAAGCGCCAACGAGACGGUGGUUCCGGUGUGUUCGGCCCACUGCUCGGACAAAGUGGACGCACACUACCUCCUGAACGGUCGCCACUUCUGCAAAUUGUGUAAGAAAGUUAUCCUCAAGAGGGAUCACCACUGCUUUUUCACUGGGAACUGUAUUGGCAACAAAAACAUGCGCUACUUCAUCAUGUUCUGCAUCUACACUUCCUGCACUUGUUUGUACUCCUUGGUUCUUGGUGUGGCCUUUCUAACAGUGGAGUACUCCAUCUCCUUUGAGAACCCGCUGACCUUCCUGACUCUUCUCCCCCUCUCCACUGGUUACUUCUUCGCAGGAACGAUCUCUGGCUUGCAGUUGUUCCUGGUGCUGAUGCUCUAUGUGUGGCUGGGCAUCGGCCUGGUCUGUGCAGGCUUCUGUUGCCAGCAGGUGCUGCUUGUGGCCCGGGGACAGACCUGGUGUCAGAUGCAGAGGGGGCAGCUCGUGCAGAACCGCAGCCCCUGGAGAAACAAUCUAAAAGAUGUGUUUGGUACCCGCUGGAUCCUUGGUCUUCUCCUGCCUGUGCAGACAGCGGAGACGUGCUCUGAAGACACAGAUGCCCAUAAGCAAGACUGAGUUAUGACCACGUCAUAUCAAUAGCUCCCAAUAGGUCACACAAGCAGCACAAGUUGUAGAAAAUGCUUUCUUGGAGUCCACGUGGUGAUUGACUUUAAAUACUAAAUGGAUGCUUUAUGACCUUUAAAGUAAUCCGUGAAAUAGCUAGCUGUUAGCAAACAUUCCUUUAAGGACAGGAGCCAUAUAUCGAUGUGAAAUUUUGAACAAGUGCAUAGUCUAAGUGUAUCCUUUAAGUAUGUAGUUUAUGAUAAGGCAAUAUUAAGACUAAUAAGUUGGUCGUUUGGGACUUCCAGCUGUUUUACAUGCACUACUACACGCUUGCAUCAAAAUUUAAAGAUGGCUUUGCAUAAGUACAUGCGUUCACAGCUUCGCAUUUUGAUAUCAUGCAAGUGAUUUUAAUGCCAUGCGCCACGCGGUGCUCUGAGAUUACCAAUCACUUCUUUGUAGGAUGCUACAAUGUGACAUUCAGGAAACUUAAGGUAGUUUUCACAACAAUAAUUUUCUUUGACGUUAAGGGCUAGCAGACAAGGAAACUACAGUAUGUGACUACAGCAUAAACUGCCGGGCUUGACACCAAUGUUCUGACAUGUUGAGGUUGAUUUCUACUCAAAUGAAUGUGACUCAGAAAGUGAUACGCUCCUUCAUAAUAAUGGGGAGGGGAAAUGUGAAGAUGACUACCAUAUUAUUAUCCAGGGUAUUAUUCACAAUGUGCCAUAUAUGCUUACAGAUGACCCCAAAGAAGAGGUAUUCACUACACCGCGAACAAUAGGGCCCUCUGUACAAUAAUAUUAAGGACUUUUAACUGUUAUUCUGCUGCUACAGCUGCUGACAUAUUCAACAUCAUGUCAAAGAAGUUUUGGAUUUCAAUAAAUAUACUUUUUAGAGCUA